UAAUCGUCUUAUCGUGCUGACCAUCAUCUCGUAAGCCUCUGGUGCCCGUGAAAGGCGCCGGGCGACAUCCCCGGUUCUUCUCCACUUCCUUUUCUCCGCUGAUCUGAGCGCAAGGCUGAAUUGUCCCAUUCGCCGACCUCACUACUUCGUCCUUUCUUGUGCACCUUCCUCAUACCACCUCAUCUCUUCUUUCGCCGCCUCUUUCCUCCAUCUGGUGCGAUCUCACAGAAUGGCUUCCAUGUUCUCGCAACGGGACAUCGCCAUCGAUGACACAUCCCUGCUCCUCUUGAUUGGGAUCAUCGCCCUCCUCCUGGUCUCUGCACUGCUCACACGAUGGCACCAGCCUACCCUACAUCCGCUCAUCCUUGGCCGUCAAGCUGACGCAACGAAAGUUCACCAGGAAGGCGAGUCGGCCGUCUACCGCAACGCAAAUUCCCCGCAUGGCUUCGAUCUUGCCGCUCGUCCACGCAAGGGCGCCAAUGACGUGACGACGCUGCUCACCCUCGGCUCAAAGGGCGGAGAGGCGAAGCACAAGAGGAAGGUCUACGGCAAGGAUCUGACCAACGAGGACAUUCUCAAUGCCUCGAAAAAGUUCGGAACAGGUCUUCAAAAGAUUGUUGGGGGCGGCGCUGGUGAUCAAGCUGCCCUCGCGAUCAGUGUAGAGGUGGACCACAUUGAGGCCCUGCAGGCGCUCCUAGCCGGUGAACUGCUUCGGGACUCAUCUUCUGGCCGUACGCCCUUCUCUACCCUGGUCAUCCCACCGCUUCAUCUGCCACAAGGCCAACCAGAACAGUUCCCAGUGAGCGGAAAGACUGACAAGUUGGCUGCAGUCUACACUACGUCCAAGGCGAUUCGCAAGGCGGCUGCUAUGUCCAUUGCUACUUCGGAGACUUUGUACAUUCUCAGGGAUCAGCAAGAGGUCGCUGAAGCCGAGAAGGCUCUGCAGACUAACGGAGGCAAGCUCCCACGCAUGGUGUCCUUCCACGAAGUACUGGACCAGGGUUCGGACACCUCCUCCCCCGCUGAGGCAGGCGCUGAAUCCUCCUCGAGGGGCGGCUCUAUUCAGUCUUCUUUCUGGCUUGGCUCUGCUUGGACGCAGGUCAGCAACCAGUCCCUUUGUGCAGGUGUGACGGCCUACCUCUCCUUCUAUCCCGCAGACAAAAUUCCCACGACGGCAGAUAGGAUCUGGGUGGAACAGUCCCCCUUUGUCAAAAGCCCUUCGCUGCAUCUGGGGGCAGCUGCUACGCCCGCGGGACUGGCAUUGGCCCUCACCGCCCUCUACACGGGAUCGUCCCUCCAAGCUGCGCCCUUGACUUCUUCGAUUGACGACCCCAAUCCUGCAACGAGUGCCGCUCUGGUCAACUUCAAGCCAACACUUAUCUACGCUUCACCCAAUGGAGCCUCCUCCCUCGGCCUGGCUCUCACCUCGAAGUCAAAGCGCUCGCCCUUUGGCGGUACAGUCUACCAACGCAAGCUCCUAGCCCUUCGACGGGGAACCCUUGAUCGAAGCUCAAUCUGGGACUCUUUCCUCUUCAAUUCAGUCCGCUCAAGCACUGGUACGGACCAGACUAGAGGCGUGAACAUCGUUGGGCGUGGUUGGGUAGUAGGCCAAUCUCUACUGGACGUGCUGAGAGGUCAUCUCGGAUGCCCGGUAGUGAAUUCCUUUUUGCCCGACGGACCCCUUGAAAGCAGGGGUGGCCAGAGCGGUGGAGCUCUCUCAUCGGCUUGGCUGACUGCUCCCAUUGCUUCGUCACACUCCUACGACGUGCAAGCUUUCCAGGCAAACAACAGGAUCAGUGAGAUGCCCGCGCAUGUUGGUCCUCCUUCUGUCAGCGUAGAGAUCAAGCUCGUCAAGGACGGAGAAGACGCAAAGACGCCUCACGGCUGGGAACGCUUCAAGGGUCCCGGAGACGUCAUUGGUCAGGUCCUUGUUCGCGGUACCACCUUGACAACGAACGGUACCGAAGGGCAAGGAGACCCGGGCAACGUCGAAGGUGGCACGUGGUACUCGACUGGCUCCAGUGGCCUCUUCAGGAGCAAUGGAACUUUGCUGCUUCUGCCUCCUUCUAUCCAUGCGGAGAAGAGGGAGAUGGCGCCUUUGCCUACCAUGAGCUCAAAGUAUCCCGUCAAGGGCGGGAGGAAGAUUGGAACGGGGGAUGAUGAGGAUGAAGAGCAGACGGCGGGGAAGAAGAAGGGUGAAUGAAUGGGGGGAAAGGCGAGGCUCUGUUAGAAUGUCUGCAUGAUCAGCAAUAAUCAUACAUGUUGUCUGGCGCCGCCGAUCUGAUCGAC